GCAAAAAACACACUCGACUGAUCCGAAACACUCACGCAGAGGCUGCCGCGGUGCGUGGAGAGACGGACGGACGCGCAGUGCGCCAGAAAGAACCGUGCGUGAAUGCGCGUUAUUCGUGGAUUUAACGGGCUUUCUCCUGAUCUGUCGUGGAUGUAACCCUCUGAGUGAAGACCCCACAGCGCGGAGUUUCCACCAUUUGGAUGUUACAGCCUCAGUCACGCGCGUUUCAUGCGGAUCUGGGAUAAUUUUGGGCACGUUGAUGGACGUUUGGCUCACGGACUGAUGGAUUUGACAUUACCGGAGACUAUCUGUAGGGUGUCAGAUGAAAGUUGCGUCCGUGUUGUUUGGAGUUGCUGAUCGUGUCUUAUGGAUCACUACGGUCAGCACAGAGGUGUCGUCAGACAUUCGGACCUUCCAUCUGGGGCAAUUCUGUCCUUGGAUCAGAUCAAAGCCAUCCGCUCUUGUAACGAGUACACAGAGGGUCCCGUCGUACCACAGAGACCGGCCCCGGGACCCCGCACGCCACCGCGGACUACAGACAAACAUGAGAGGACUCACGAGGUGAUUCUGGUCAACGUGAAUAAUAAUAACGAGCACCGGCAGUCGAAUUCACAGCCGCCGAUGCUCAGCCGCUCAACCAGCACAGGCAGCGCCGCGAGUUUCGGGAGCAACGGCAGCGCUUCCUCGGAGCAGGGUCUGCUCGCGCGGUCUCCACCGAACCUACAUAAUAACCGCCACAGACCGGAGCACGCUGUACGGACUCAGCCGAAUUCUCUUCGCACCUGCCCGCAUCCGUUUCUCCCUCCGGACGUACCGCUGAAACCAGCGCGAGUGGAAAAGGUCGAGUCUUCUCACCUGUACAUCUGCGAGAAUUGCGGGAAAUGCAAGUGCAGCAAAUGCACGGCGCCACGGCCGCUCCCGGCGCGUCUGGCGUGCAACGGACAGUGUCUGUGUUCGGCCAAGAACGUUGUCGAAUACGGGACGUGCAUGUGUCUGGUGAAAGGGGUUUUCUACCACUGUUCCAACGAAGACGACGUGGGCGACCCGUGCGCCGAUCAGCCGUGCUCGCUGUCGCAACCGCAGUGCUGCUCGCGCUUCCUGUGCAUGGGCCUCGUGUCCGUGCUGUUCCCGUGCCUGCUGUGUUACCUGCCCGCUAAGGGCUGCAUGAAAGCGUGCAACUCGUGUCAUGACCGCGUGAACAGGCCGGGCUGCCGCUGCAAAAACUCAAACACCGUUUACUGCAAGCUGCAGAAUUGGCAGCACGCGCCCGGAUAUGCGCCCGGAAAACCAUCCUGAGGCCGCGACUAUAUCGUGUUCCUGUAAAGAAAUAUUAUUUCGUUUGCUGGAUCAAGGGCUAGCGCGCUGCUGCAGGCCGCGGAAAUGGGAAACGCCCCCCCAUUGGAAAGAGAGGAGGGGCCUGAUGAAAACGGGCUAUCAUGCUAAUUAAUAUGCUAUAAGCUCCGCCCCCUAGUCUCCUUGCUGUUAUGGAGGAAAAACCACUUGUUUUUUGUCAGGUCUAUCGUAUAUAAACCAAUGUUUGCCUUCUCUAACUGUGUACCGCAUCGAUCGAACAUUAACAGCUGGUUUGAAAGACUGCUACCAAACCUGUGAAGGACUUUUUUUGUAGCCAGACCAUAAUAUGUAGCAGUUACCGGAUCUCCAUAGCAACGAGGCGUGCUUGUUGUGGAACGGUUUCUAUGCAUCCGCUUGGUGUUCCCGAGGGCAUUCCGAUCGUCUGAAGCUCCGUUCUCAUUUUGAUGAUGUAAAAUUGUUUGUUCAAAUUACGGCUAUUUUUUUAAAAAGAACAUGUUAAAUCUGUUAAACCUUUUGUUGUUGUUGUUGUUGUUGUUGUUGUUGUUGUUGUUGUUGUUGUUGUUGUUGUAUAAUAUUUAUUAUUUGAAGCUCUAUUAUUUUAUGAUAUUUAUUGCAAGAGACAGAUUAAACGUGUCUGAAUAUAACAGUGUCAACACUUACUGCAACAUGAAAGAAUGGAGAUGGAAACAUGUUUAACUUUAAUGCAAAAAUAAACUUAUUAAUGCAAAACUCUGUGUGUGUGUGUGUGUGUGUGUGUGUGUG